AUGGAAAAGCAGCAGAAGAAGAGGGAGAAGAAGAAACGCGAUUCGAAGAUCAUGGUGAGUGAAUUUUGCCACGUCAUAAAUAGCUCAUAUUGAGCCAGAAAAAUCAAUAUUUUUGCAGAAGCUGAAGAAAAAGCGAAGUUCCCAAUCGCUAUCCAAAGUCAAACAAGGAGGAUUAUCGCCACCCAAACCAGAAUUGACACCACCCUUGGCCACACCAUCUCCCAUGCAAAAUGAGGCCGAAAUGCACUCGGAAACCCCGAAAAGACCAAAAAAGAAGGCGUCAAAAUCGAAAAUGGAUGAAAUCCCCAAGAAACCAUCAUCCAAACGAGUUCAAAUCGCUGAACAGCCCACUCAGAUGAUGUCUCCAGGUAUUAUCGAAAAUCUCACGCGCUCCAUCGAAAUAAACACGCAACGCAGACCGCGUCGCGCCACAAUACACACAAAACGGGAGGGAAUUUGAAUCGUUCCCUUAUUUGUGUGUGUUGUGGCGCGGCGCGGUCUGCGUUGCGUGUUUAUUUCGGUGGGAAUUUUUACGUUUUACCGUUUUCACGGGAUUUCACCGUAAAAUCCAUUUUACGGCUCAAAAAAUCGUAAAAAAUCACUAAAUAUGGUGAAUUUUGACAGAAUCAAAUUAAAACUUUAAAAAAAAACACAACAUUUUUUAAAGAAAAUCUUGAUUCAAUACUAAUUACGUAAUCCUAAUUAAUAAAAAUUAACUAAUUAGGAUUGAAUGAAAAUUUUCUUUAAAAAAUGUUGUGUUUUUUUUUGAAGUUUCAAUUUGAUUCUGUCAAAAUUCACCAUAUUUAGUGAUUUUUUUUACGAAGUAUUUUACGAUUUUUUGAGCCGGAAAAUGGAUUUUACGGUGAAAUCCCGUAAAAACCGUAAAACGUAAAAAUUCCCAGGUCUGAUGUCCAAGCGCUCCACCGAAAUAAACACGCAACGCAGACCGCGCCGCGCGUGAAACGUAAAAAUUCCCAGGUCUGAUUAGAACCCAAAAUUCCAACUCAUUUGCUUAAAAAAUCUAUACUUUCAGGCCCCCCAAGAAUCAUCUCAAAAACCGGCCUGAGCCCGGAUAAUACUGAAGGAGGAGAUAAGGAUAAAGAUCCAUAUUAUACAUCAAGUAUGAUCAGAAGAGAUCUUUAUAAUGUGAUGGAUGAGGCUGAUAAGAUCAGUGAGAUCAAGCCGGUGAUGUUGCCACCGACAGCAGCUCCAGGACCCGGGGGACUGUCCCCAAAUGGCUCUGCACAGAAGAAUCCGGUAUCAAAGAGCCUGCAAGUUACACAAUCUGAUAUGACAGGUGCCCCGGCAUCCAGGAAAUCUGACCAAAUCCCACCGCAACCUAUCAGAUCGGAUCUUCAACUUCCAAACACGAUUGGAAUUGUGAAAAAUGCGCGGGGCGGAGUUUCAGCGCAUCCCUUGAGUCUGGCGAGAAUUGAUGGAGAUUUAUUGGGGAGAACUGGAAUGUAUUUGGAAAGAUCUGGAAUGUCGACGGCGAAAAAGAGGGCUUUUGAUUGGUUGGGUUUGAAUCGACAUCAAUAUGCGCAGAAAGCGGCGGAGACUGUGAAGAAUUUGGAGGUGGCGUUGAGUGAUGUUGGGAUUAGCAAGUGAGCCGGGGGUUUUUUGGGGAGGAACUUGAAAAUUGGGGAGAAAAUCAGAAAAUUUACCUCUAAAAUAGUAUUUUUAGACAAAACUUUCUAAAAAAUCUCCAAUUUUGGCCAAAAAUCCUGAAAUUUGAAACAGGGAAAAAUACUUUGAAUUUUUAAUGCGUCGAAAAAUGUUAAAAAAAAUUAACAAUAAUUUUAAAAACUGAUUUUCAUAUGUUUUUUUCUAGUUUCUAUUGUGAAAUCCCAUCAAAAAGUUUGAAAAAAUGUAUAAAAAUUAAUGAAAGUUUUGAAACAGUUUAUUUUUGCAUAUCGAAAAAUAUGAUUUUUUCAAUUUUUCAAGAUUCCUAGCUUAUAAUGCAUGAUUUUCUCUGAUUUUUUAGCUAAAAAUAACUCUUUUCCCAUAAGUAAGUCCUGAAAUUUGGGAGGAAAAUGAAAAUUUUUGCUUCUAAAAUAAUAUUUUUAGACAAAAAUGACUAAAAAAUCCUUAAAUUCAUGGAAAUUUUUAACUAGCUUCAGGAAAACUCGCUGAUUUCGACCUGAUAGCCUGAUUUUAGAUGAAAAGGCCUAAAUUUAGGUCUAGAAAGUCUGAUUUUAGAUAAAAAGGCCUGAAUUCAGCACUGAAGCCUAAAUAUAGCUCUAGAAAGCCGAAUUAGAGCGAAAAGCCCAAAAUUUUGCUUGAAAACAAUGAAUUUUGGCCUAGAAAGCCUGAUUUUAGAUAAAAAGGCCUGAAUUCAGGCCUGAAAGCUCUAUUUUUAGCCUAAGAAAGCCUAGAAAGCCUGAUUUUAGAUAGAAAGCCUGAAAUUCAGCAGUGAAGCCCAAAUUUUAGACUAGAAAGCCUAAUUCUAGUGUCUAAAAAGCCCGGAAGCCCAAAUUUCUUUCCAAAAAGCUGAAUUCCAGAAAACAAACCUGAAGUUCACUCGAAUUUUAGCUUUAGAACCCAAAAUUUGCACCGAAAAGCUUAAAAUUUGGAUCAAAAGCCCCAUUUUUACCCAGAAACCAUCAUUUCUCAUCGAAAAAUUUGGCUCCGCCCAUUUUUCUGUGCCGCAUUCAAAUUUCUGCGCAUUUUUCACUUCCCUCUCAAAAAUCCGGAUUUUUUACGUUUCAAAAAAUUUUAUGAGAAAAAUUUUUGAAAAUCAAAAAUUGCUCCUUUGUUUUUUUCAAUUUGAGACAGUAUCAUUUUUCUACAGUACCCUACAGUAACCAAAUUUUUCUUUAGGUAAACAAUUUUAGAUAAACUACAAUAGGCUAAUCUGAAAAAUUUGAGAAAAUGAAAAAAAAAUCAAAAUUUUCUUACAGUACCCAUAGCAAAUUUGGUCUCAAAAAAUUGCAAAUUUUUCCUACAGUACCCUACAGUAACCCCUAUACAAUUUCCCAUUUCCAGAGAUCUCUUCUUCCAAACGCUGAAUAUUCUAUUGGCUGAUCAACAAAUCACCGAACCCGAAAUGCUCUCAAUCAAACAGCAAUUGCAAAAUUCGCCUGAUUUUCUGACAAUGUCGAAAGCCGCGUGGAUUUUGAAGGAAGUAUGUAAUACUUAUCGAAGACCACAGGAUUUCAAUUGA